AUGAAGCCCAUCAUCGCAGUGCCGGCCACGCUGGCGCUGCUGUAUCGCAGCUACAGCAAGAAAAGCCUCACGCCGGCCGGCAUCGUGGCGGCCCUCCUGACGGCUGUCGCUCACGCGGUUCAUCCAUGGAAUCUGCCUUUUGUGCUGCUGGGCGUCUUCUUCCUGGCCGGCACUAGGGCUACACAUGUCAAGGAGAAGGUCAAGGCGAAGCUGACGCUUCCGGCCGACGGACCUUCGACCGGUGGUGGCGGCGAGGGACCGAGGACACACACGCAAGUGUUUGCCAACUCGUUCGUGGCGUCGGUCCUGUCGCUCAUGCACGCCUACCAGCUGCACCAGCGAAAGAAGGCGAUUGUGGGGCUUCGCGAUGCGGGCAGCCCAGCCGAUGCAGCCCUGGGGGCGCUCUGCUACGCGUGGGGCGGCGAUCUGCUGGUGAUCGGCAUCAUCGCCAACUAUGCCUGCGUCGCUGCCGACACCUUCUCGAGCGAGCUGGGCAUCCUCUCGGGCGAGACGCCGCGGCUGAUCACGUCGCUGCGACUGCGCAAGGUGCCGCGCGGCACCAACGGCGGCGUCACGCUCGGCGGCCUGGCCGCGGGACUGCUGGGCUCGACCGUGGUGGUGACGACGGCCGUGCUCUUCCUGCCGGCCUGUGCGGCCGACAUGCACCCGAUCCUCUUUGGCGGGAUGGCGGCCACGACGGCCACCAGGGACGCGGCCGUCUGGACCAUCGGCGAGCGCCGGUUGCUGAUGCUCGGCCUGGCUGUCUGGGGACUCCUCGGCAGCGUCCUGGACUCGGUGCUCGGCGGCCUGCUGCAGCGGUCGGUGCGCGACGUGCGGUCCGGCAAGAUCGUCGAGGGCAGCGGCGGCCUGCGCGUGCUCGUGGAGGAGCAGCCGCAUGUUCACCUGCAUGGUCCGCUCGUCGAUCCAGACUCUCCGGCCGCGGCUGUCUCGGAGGAUGAGGCCGACCCGACCGACGAGGCCAUGGACGCGAAGAAGGCGGCUGCAGUGCCGAUUCCGGACCGAUACGACGUCCACAUCAAGCACCGGCGGCCGAGCUUUGGCAACUAUAGGCCUAGCCGGGUGGUCGAGAAUGGCUGGGACCUGCUGGACAACAAUGACGUCAACUUCCUGAUGGCCUGCACCAUGAGCGUGGGCGCCAUGUAUGUUGCCGGCUGGUACUGGGGGGUGCCGAUGCAGUCGGUACUGAGGCCAUGA